CAUAGGCUCCUGCCCCCCGGCUCGCACUCAGCAGUCAGCUCUCUCAUUUUGAUCACCCUUUUAUUGAACUGAAAACACAAACAAGAAGAGGGUGAACUGUUUGUUUUAUGGUGAAGUGGAGGUAAUAAUGCUGGAUGCUUUGUUCUGAAAUGCAUUUUAGUACAUUCUUCUUUGCAUUUUUUGAGAUCAAUUGAGAGUUUGCAAGAUCACCACUCAAUGGGGGGAAUUUGUUCAAGGAAAAGAGAUCAACAGGUUGUUGAAGACGGUGUACAAAGAGGGGUCUCUAGAUUGUAUUUGAGAAGUUGCAGUUCAAAGUGGUUGCGAACCUCAUUUCCUCGCCCUCCAAUGGAAAGUAAGCCAGGGGGAGUUAGUUGUCCAUCUCUCAUGGAGUUAUGCAUAGAUAAAAUAUGUGAGGAUAUUGACAAAUAUACUUCAUUCUCAAUGCUGCCAAGAGAUAUAAGCCAACAAAUCUUCAAUGAAUUGAUAUUUUCUCAUGGUCUUACUGAUGCUUCUGUGGAAGCUUUCCGAGAUUGUGCUCUAGAAGAUGUUUUGUUGGGUGAAUAUCCUGGAGUGAAGGAUAGUUGGAUGGAUGUUAUUGCUUCACAAGGGUCGUCUUUACUCUCUGUUGAUCUUUGUGGUUCUGAUGUCACAGAUACUGGGUUGGGUCUCUUAAAAGAUUGUACCAACAUCCAAGCAUUAACCUUUAACUAUUGUGACAAAAUUUCAGAACUUGGGCUGAAGCACAUUAGUGGUCUUAUGAACUUGACAUCCUUGAGUUUUAAAAAGACCAAUGGUAUCACUGCCGAAGGAAUGCGUGCCUUCUCCAACUUGGUGAACUUGGAAAAUCUGGACUUAGAGAGGUGUUCAGGGAUUCACGGUGGAUUUGGUCAUCUUAAAGGUUUGAUGAAACUUGAGUCCCUGAAGAUCAAGUGUUGUAAAUGUGUUACAGAUUCGGACAUGAAAUCUCUCUCAGGGCUUUCUAAGCUGAAGGAGUUACAAAUUUCCAACUGUAACAUUACAGAUUUUGGAAUUUCUUAUUUAAGAGGUUUGCGCAAGCUUAUUACAUUGAACUUGGAGGGAUACGAUAUUACUGCUGCUUGUUUGGACUCAAUCUCAGCUCUUGAAGCCCUGGCAUGCUUAAAUCUUAAUAGAUGUCGUCUAUCAGAUGAUGGAUGUGAUAAGUUUUCUGGACUUAAAAACUUAAAGGUAUUGAGCUUGGCAUUCAACAAUAUAACAGAUGCUUGCUUGGUGCAUCUAAAAGAUUUAACAAAUUUGGAGAGCUUGAACUUGGAUUCAUGUAAGAUUGGUGAUGAAGGGCUUGCUAAUUUGACAGGCCUUACACUCUUGAAAAAUCUUGAGCUGUCUGAUACACAAGUUGGAAGCAAUGGACUCUGCCAUCUAUCUGGUCUGAUUCAUCUGGAGAGCUUAAAUCUGUCAUUUACCUUGGUAACUGACAGUGGUUUGAAAAGGUUGUCUGGACUGACAUCUCUUAGAUCUCUUAAUCUGGAUGUACAUAAUGUUACGGAUGCUGGGCUUGCAGUUCUGACAAGUUUGACUAAAUUGACAAAUCUGGAUCUAUUUGGGGCUCGCAUUUCCGACUCUGGAACAAAGAGUUUGCGAUGCUUCAAGAACCUCCAAUCCCUUGAAAUAUGUGGUGGAGGUUUAACUGAUUCUGGUCUGCAGAAUAUUAAGGAUCUUGUCUCCCUGAAGCUGUUGAGCCUGUCACAAAAUUAUGAUCUGUCAAACAAAUCCUUGGAAAUGAUUUCUGGACUGACUGCUUUGGUAUCAUUAAAUGUUUCGAAUUCUCAAAUAACCAAUGAAGGGCUGCAUUAUCUGAAGCCUCUGAAGAACUUACGCUCAUUAUCUCUGGAGUCCUGCAUGGUGACAGCAUCUGAAAUCAAGAAACUGCAGAUGACUGCCCUCCCUAAUCUUGUCAAUUACCGGCCAGAAUAGUUCUGGAGCAUUUGUAAAUGCCUGCUGUCAACUCGGGAUAGCUUUAUGUACAGGUUAAUAACUUAAAAAUACUAGUGUGCCACGAGCAUGGGGGACGACAGUGGAACAGUGAUAAAUAUUUAAACAGCCUAUAAAAUAUGGAAGGAUCACAUAUGUAAAUAUGGCUUGCUGUUGAUUCUGAAAUUUCCUUCUGUAAAAAGUUGUACAUAGGUGACUUAUGCUGCAGCAAACUGCAUUGUGUACCCUGAAAUGGUUUUCAGAGUGCUUGCUGAUGGUUUUUGUUGUAAAUUUCAAAGCUACUUGUUUUCCGUGUUGAAAUCUUGUUAUGAACAAAUACUUCCCUGCAUUAUUGUCAAGCUUUAAAUCUGUGGA